CUCACAACAUGUCUGGUUGAAAAGCAGGACUUCGCUUCGGGCACCUCUAGUCGUUCCACAAAGCUUAUCCAUGGCGGUGUACGCUAUCUGCAAAAGGCUGUCUUCAAUCUGGACCUUGAACAGUUCAAUAUGGUGCGUGAGGCAUUGAGGGAGAGGGCCAAUCUUCUUGACAUUGCACCGCAUUUGGCCAGACCCCUGCCCAUUAUGCUUCCUGUCUACAAGCCCGGAAUUAAUCCCCGGACUAAUGACACUGCUAUUUGUCUCCCAGCCGGUUGCAGUCCUACAGACUAA